AAAAGUGGCCUGGUUGAGUUGGCGGUAAAUGAAAUAAUCACCAGCCUCAAAGCACACCUACCCAUAGAUGUGGCCAUCGCCCUUUGCGCAGAGACGGGAUACGCCUGCUUGUCUCAAGAUGCUAAGAAGCACCGUUGUAUGGACUGCCAACCCUGUGCCUAUUACGUUCUGCUGAACCACUUUACACAGCGCAAUACUGAGGCUCUCGUAAAAUGUAUUCGGCUCACCUUGGACUACUUCAAACGCCAACUUCAAGCAAGCAUCAGUCAUUUUGGCCGUGAUACCGACUCUACCACCUCAUCUACAAUAACCGGAAUGGGCGGCCCUUCUGCUGGAUCUCAGAUUAAUGGCUCAGGUUCUAGUGGUUCUGGUCCAAGUGGAGAAAUUGGUGGUGGAGGCCCAAGCCUAACUAGCGGUGCUACCGGGCCUGGCGUUGGCAUUGCGGGAGUGGGUUCAGGUAGUGGAAUGGGAGGAGCAGGUGGUGGAAGCUUGAGUACAUCAGGGCCUACUGGCGUAUCUGUCGCUGGUGGAGUCACAAGUGGUGGUGGCUCCCUGUUGACCAUGUCCUCUACAAUAGGCUCCGGCCUUCGUAGCGAUAAGCGAGUGCCUCUAUUCAAAGGACAGCUCGUGCUAUCUAUCCCGAAUGUGUUAACGCGACCGAGCCUUGACGAGUUUCAAGUUGGCCUAAAUAAGGCGAUAAAUUGUAUCCUGCGGAUGACCGAAUCAAUUGAACCCUGGAAGCACAUGCUUCUUAAUCAUAGACAGCAACAAAAGGUGAGUUUAUAA